UUGCCCAUCAGCGAUUACUGCCGCAGCAUGUACACGUCAUUGGUAAUCUUGAUCGCAUUGGCAGCCUGCACCGCGGCAGCGCCUGCCGACGAACCGAUACCGAUUGUCAGCCAAAGUCAGGAAGGUCCUAACCCGGAUGGGUCGUACAAGUGGAGUUACGAAACCGGUAACGGUAUCAAAGCCAAUGAGGAAGGUCACCUGGAGGAAGUUGGCACCGACAACGAGGCGAUGAAGGCAGAGGGCGGCUUUAGCUACUCGAGCGACGACGGCCAGGCGAUCUCCUUGACGUACGUGGCCGACAAGAAUGGUUUCCAACCGGUGGGUGCUCAUCUACCCACCACGCCGGAAAUCCCGCCGCUAAUACUGAAGGCUCUCGAGUGGAACGCGGCUCAUCCGUCGAAGGAAGAUGAGAACCAGGUGUAAAACAGCGAUCGGCGCCGCCGUCCAGCAUGUGAUCUCACGACCUCCAUGAGUAAUUAUUCCGCCACGAGAAUAUGGAAGACGAUCCACGAUACAUGAACCUACGGUGACGCCGGACGAUGAGUGUUGCCGCCGCCCGGCGUUGUCGUCCUCGCCCUCGAAAUCAACACGGACUACUCUGGUUCAAAUUGUUGUAAAUAUUUAUUGUACACGAUAUUAUACACAUGCGUAUUUUAAAUAUAUUAUAUUAUAUUGUAUUAAUAUAUAUUCAAAGAGACAUAUGUACCACGAUUUUCUAACUGACUUGUAGUUAUAUCACGGUGCAUUAAGAAUAAACGUUGCAUCUUAGGAGAAA